AUGCAGCAGCGGUCAGUGAGCGCUGAUUCAAGUCCUCAAACGCUGCUGGUGGACCCUUGCCCGCCGGCUAUUGAGGCGAGCGUGCCGAUAUCGAAAUUUCGGCGGUUCCUGCAUUUUGGAAACGGGCAUGGAGUCGAAGGAUGGGUCCCUGAGGCCGCGCACGUGUCGGGUUACGCGUGCGGAACUUGUGUGCAGGCUGUGCACCGUCCCGUCCGGCGACGCAGGCAGCGCCGACUGUUUAUUGUUCCUCUCACCGAUCGCCAAGCGUCGCGGCGCCCGGCCUGCCCAGCCCGGAAGCGGCCUAGCGGGCAGACGGCGCGAAAUGUCACGCCAUCAAGUGGCCUGAUUCCGCCAGCCCCUCCGCGUCCUGCGCUCCAUCGCUGCACCGAAAUCCGAUCAACCGACGAGAACUGCGCCUGUCCAGGUGGCCUUCUGCAUCCCACAGUCCCAUUUUGCCCCGGCACGGUGGGGAGCCUAGAACCGCGACAAGGUCCGCUACGAGCGCUGCUAGAAGCCGCCCAGCAGCCAUCUGCAUCUGCCGCCAGCGGUGUCGCGAAACGCGCCGAACUGGCCUCUGCCAUAAGCACGCGGGCGCCCGGGUCCGAAGAAAACGUCGUCCUCGCACCUUGGCCGCUCCCCCAAACCCCAUACCUCCUUCACCAUCGACUCCUGCCGCCGCAAAUCCACCUGCACGCGCGCGCUCCAAGCGAACCCGCAGCCGAGCUUAUCUACCUUUGCCCCCCAGCCGCUUCAGGAGCCUGCAUUUCGCCUCAGUCUCACGUCUCCCUUGGCGAGCCGCAUCGGCAUCCCAGUGUCCGUCGAUUAUCUCCUGAUCACCGCGUGAGCCCUCUCGUGCAACCUCCCCAUCCUCUGACAAUCACCAUGGCUUUGAACUGGAAUGCCUUCCUCACUGAUGACGGCUUCAAUAUACCGAACGAUCCAUGGCAAGAUAUCACACAACCAGCACACGAUCCUACCACUGAGAUGCCAAAAUCAAGUUCAACGCGCUCUCCAGCCUCAGCUGAACCUGAGAGCACCCUCACCAACUUCGACUCCCUCCUCAACGGCACGUCAGCUGAUCCGUAUUUCGACGACUCCCUUUUCGCCUCCAACGACUACUUCCUUAGCGACCUAGAGGUCCUCCAGCCCUUUGGCGACGCUAUCGCUGGCGGAGAAUCAACGUCGGAGUCUUCCCCGGAGCCGUCUACCAGCAUUGCCUUCACAGGAAGCAGUCUUUCAGCAUCGCAGACCCCAGCAUCACUCUCGACAGGUUCGGCCCAAUCACCUCAAAUGGCGCCACCCCAAAGGCCAACCGUAUCGAGGGCUAAUACUUUCCCGAACCCUCAGUAUGAAUCAAUGUUCCCGAAUAACAUCGAGUCGGGCUUCGUUGAGGAUCUUACCUUCCCGAACGGACCCAACGGACCACCCAGUUCUUCCAAAGCAGGCGUCGACAACACCAACAACAACAACAAGGCCUCGGCAAGCACAACAGUAAAGCGCUCGCAUAAGUCGAAGCCCGAUAUCCUUUCGGCAUGCUGGACAUCGCCAUUGUGCCCGAAUCAUGAUCAGGAAGGCCCACCGCCGAAUCCUUCGACCUGUGGAGGUGGAUGUGCUCCGUUCCUAUUCGCCAAUGAAGACGCACUUCCAACUCCGACGAUCAACAAUCUUCUUAACGAAGCCCAAGAGGUGACUCCCGAGGAUGGCGUGGUGGAGAUCAAGUCGCAUUCCAGGAAGCGGACCGAGAGCGAUGCCUCCUCUAGCGAACCAUCGGGCCGUCAAUUCCUGAACAAAGACACGACCGAGAUUCAACCUCGAUUCAAGAGCGAGUCCGAGGAUUCACCCCAAGCGCCCGCGGCAGACGACGCGAAGCCCAAGUCGCGCCGCCGGUUACCGCAUAAUCAGGUCGAGCGAAAAUACCGCGAGUCCCUGAACACGCAACUCGAGUCUCUGCGCCGUGUCGUUCCGUCUCUGCAGCAGAAUCAGCGCUCAUGCGAUGGAGCUGACAUCGAGGACCUGCCGACCCCAUCAAAGCCUAGCAAAGCCGUAAUCCUCGCCUCAGCCACUGCGUACAUCAAGCAGAUGGAGAAAGACAAGAAGGGCCUCGCAGACGAGAAUCAACUUCUCAAGACGCGGAUCAAGGCCCUUCAAGCGCUCGUCAAGUGCGAGGAUUGCUCGCUGAUGCAGUAUGUCAUGGAGCUGAAGAUCAACCAGCAGAAGGCUUGA